CUUUCCCCUCUCUACAUGGGCAUCCUCCUAUCCAUUUAUUGGAUUUAUCCCAUUCUCAGAACUCAAAAACUCUCUCUUAAUGUGGUUGGACUUCUUUUUAUGCUAUUUCUCUCUCUAUUUUUUUUAUUGGUCUUUCUUCCAUCUAUUUCAUUCUUUUAAAUUCUUUGAUCUGAGAAAGUACUCAAAUAGCUUUUUGGAUCCCUGCUGCUACGCUUUAGCAAUUGAUUGCUGGUUGGGCAAGGUUUGAUGGUAUGUUAUUGAAGGUUGGAGCUUUUGGGUCUGAUUUCCUUAGAGAAAUCGAUGGGGAAAAAGCUCAAAAAGAGGACUAGACAUGGGUCUGGGCAUAAGGAUAAUAGGCCCUCAGCUGUUUCACCUCUAAUGGAGAAUCAUGUGAACCAGAAAUCCAAAUUGGUUGAAGAGAAUACCCAUGUUUCAAGUUCCAAAUUGGUUGAAGAGAAUACCCAAGUUUCAAGUGGAAACCUCUGUAGACAUGCUAACAAGGCUGUUAAUUUCUCGGCCCUCUCAUCGAAAAAUAGAAGAUUAGGUGUAAUUAGGUGUGAAGAUUGUUCUAAGGAUAGUGAGAGGAAGGAGAGGAAAGGAAAAGGUAAACAGGGUAGAAAUAAAGGACUUUAUGGGGAGAAUUCAGACUCCAAUAGUGUUUGGGUUUGUUUGGCUUGUGGGCAUAUGGCUUGUGGAGGUGAAACCACUGAUUUCAAGCCUCACCACCAUGCUUUUAUGCAUUGGAAAUAUUUACGUCAUCCUUAUGCUCUUCAAAGAGAGAAUCCUUUCUUGUGCUGGUGCUUUAAUUGCAAUAGGUUGAUCACAGUUGAUAUAAGUGGGGAGAGAGAGAUUCUAGGGGAUGAUAAAGAGAGGGAUGAGGACAAGGGAAACAGUAGCGAUCUACUGAAAGCUUUGAAACUCAUCAAUGAUAUGAAACCAAAAGGUUCAAGGUUAGAUGUUGAGGAUGUCUGGUUUGGUAACAAUGUCGGAGCAGCAACCCAACUAGAAAGCAGCAAUUCAGCAUUACUGGACACGAGGAAAGAGUGUGACAUUAGAAGUGGUUAUGUUGUUAAAGGGUUGCAAAACCUUGGAAACACCUGUUUCUUCAAUUCGGUUUUGCAGAAUCUUCUUGCACUUGGUUCCUUGAGGGAUCAUUUCUUGAAUAUGAACCAUUUUAAUGGAGGCCCAUUGAGCUCUGCCCUGAAGAAGCUUUUUUGUGAGACUUGUUUUGAUCCCUCUGAAAAAGGAGGCCCCAAGGAGUCAAAAAAUUGGGGUCAAACUCAUGGAAUUUUAAACCCCAAAUCACUUUUUGGUAACAUAUGCUCAAAGGCUCCUCAGUUUCGGGGAUAUCAGCAGCAAGAUAGUCAUGAAUUACUUCGGUGCUUGCUCGAUGCUCUUUCCACUGAAGACUUGGUUUCGAAAAAAUCAGCUGCUAAAUCUAACAGUGGAGAAGAUGAGGAGAAUGGUCCUUUGAAUGUGGAUGUAUCAUUUGUGGAUGGAAUCUUUGGGGGCCGACUCUCUAGUACUUUGUGCUGCUCGGAAUGUGGUCGCUCGUCUACAGUUUAUGAGCCUUUCUUGGACCUUUCUCUGCCAGUUCCUGCUAAGAAACCAACUAAGAAAGCACCGAUUGCUCGACCAAAGAAACUGGCACUGGGGAGGCCUGGAAAAGCUUCAUUAAAGGAAUCUAGGAAGGGUCGAAGGGACCAAGAGAAAGGAAACUCUUUUAUUGGGCCAAUUUGGAAUCCAUCUGCAGGAAUUGGUUUAUCAUCUGAAUGUAGUGAAGGCUCUUCAGUUCCUUCUAAUCCAGUCGUGAAAGAGGAAGAAACGGUAGCUCCAGAGGAGAGCGUUCGUUGGCUGGAUUAUAUUGAAGAUCCAAAGGAAGACUCUUCAUGUGUCAAUGCUCCAGAGGAGAGCUUUUGUUGGCUGGAUUAUAUUAAAGAUCCAAAGGACGGCUCUUCAUGUCUCGAUGCCUCAGAAAGUAAGCCAAAAUGCUCGUUUUCUCAUUGUGAUGGCGACACAACAAAGAGAAAUCCUGAGACUGGGUUGGUCGUUGAUAAUAGGGACACUUCUUCUUACUCCGCCGAACCCAAGCAUGAAGACCCAAAGGAUUCAUCACUUGAAAAAUCUGAAACCAACAGUUGUCUCCCUAAUGGUGAGCCCAAAAUUGGAUGCGAUUCAUCUGGUGAUGAUAAUGAAUUCAUAGAUGAUGGCGAGCCAUUGGUAAUUGGGGAUUCUGAGGUUUUGUUGCUUCCUUACAAGGAAAUGGAUUCCACUGAGGAAGGGAUUCUAAGUGAUCCACAGGAACCUGAUACUCUUCUUAAUGGUUAUGGUUUGAAUGGGGAUUCCUCAUCUGUUGUUCUUGGAUGUGAGAAAGGGGCAGAUGAAUUUGAUGGUCUUGGCGACUUGUUUAAUGAACCAGAGAUUGUUUCUGAUCCCAAAAAGGAACCAGGUUCAGGAGGUAAUAACAUGCAGUUUAUUGAUGAAUUUGUAACACAAGAUUUAUCAGAGACUGAGUUUAACCAGGAGGAAGUUGACAAUACCGAUGCUCCUGUUUCAGUUGAGAUUUGCUUAGCAGAUUUCACAAAACCAGAGCUUCUUACUGGAGUGCACGGUUUCAAUUGUGAGGGCUGCUCCAAAGCUUUAAAUCAUAAUAACAAUAGGGAAACCAAGGUUUUGGAAGAUCAGGUUAAUGGGGCAAAUGGUUCAGAAAGCAUGGAAUCUGAAGCCUCUCUUGAUGCAUUGGAAACCCAAAAAUCCCGACUGAUUAAUGGGUCGAAAGGUUCACUGCCUUUUGAGCCAGAAGAGUCAUCAAUUAACAGAAGGUUACCUGCUGAUGUAUCAGACUGUUCUUCAAAUUUAGAUAAACGUGGUUGCAAUGAGAGCUUUUGUGCUCAAAACUGUGAUGAUCUAUGCAGUUCUGGCUGUGAUUCUGCAAGCUCCCGAGGUAGUGAUGGUUGCAAUCUGGCUGAAAAAUCAAAACGCGAAAAAUAUAUGUUGUCAGGAAGAACAAAGAAUGCAGAAAAAAGAAAAGAUGGCCAAAUGGAGUGUUUUAAGAGGGAUGGGACCAAAAGGUUCCUUAUUAGUAAGGCACCUCCUGUUUUAACAAUUCAUUUGAAGAGGUUCAGUCAAGAUGCUCGUGGCCGCUUAAGUAAACUGAAUGGUCAUGUCAACUUCAGAGAAAUGCUUGAACUUAGGCCUUAUAUGGACCGGAGGUGUCCCGACAAAGACAGCUCCUUGUAUAGUCUUGUUGGGGUGGUGGAGCACUCUGGGUCAAUGCGAGGAGGGCAUUAUGUGGCCUAUGUGAGGGGCCCCCACAGUCGUGACCCACAAGGUUUGGGUGAGUAUUCCUGGUUUUAUGCGAGUGAUGUUAAUGUGAGUCGGGUUUCUCUCACAGAGGUCCUCAAGAGUGAGGCAUACAUACUUUUCUAUGAGAAAUGCAUUAAAAAAUGAGACAUUUUAAACUUAUAUACAUAUACUUGGGUAACCUUCAAUGGAGGUCAUCCCCGCCCUUAGAUGAUCCGCCAAGUGCCAAGGUUGAAGGCAUUCUAUUCAUGGCCAGGGUUCCCCUCCCAAGAGGAAACAAUGGGAAAUGUGAUAUUUUUGGUUAGAGGAUUGAGAGCUGGGAAGUGGGUUGGAUUUGUAAGGGAUGGUUGUUUAUGCUAUCACUUGAGGAGAAAAGAAAUGAAGAAUUUUGGGGUUGUGGUGAAAACCUGAAAGGUGCCCAUUUUUGACGUGAUAUGACUGUUUGGGCAUAUGGAAAUUUGGCGAGGUUCUGUUUUCAUGUGAUGAGGUGUGGAUGAAAACCACCCGCCCCCCGCCCACCCACACCAUAUAUGCAUACGUCUUAUAUGGUGAAGACCAGUUGUAUGAACAUUAAAGUGAAUGGGGUUGGUGGCCAUGGCUUUGUGCAAGUGUUUUUGUGAGUCUCCCUACUCUCUUGCCACUCUAAUGAUCAUAUACUUUUUUAUUA